AGAACCACCUUUGAGCCAGCAUUGCAUUAUACCCCCAGUUCGGGCAGCCUUCGACGACCGUUGAAACCAACUGCCUGGGAAACGCCUGUAGCGCCAGCAAGAGUGUCGACCUGUAUUCAGUUCAAUGUAGCAUUGGACUUAAUGCCCUUUUAGAAGUUGACACAUUACACGCUUGUUUCAACGGUCGUCAAAUGCUGCCCGUGUAACUAGGGGGAUAAUGGUGUUCCUCUCUGUUGUGUUGAAGAAGAUGCGGACUCCAGGGCUGCCACGGUGAAGGCGUUUAUCGCUUUUCAGGCUCGUAAUUGCUGACGUCAGAAAAAAUGAAAGUCAUCUUAGUGACCGGAACAUUCGUCGCUGCGGCCACGUGCUUCGCCAUUGCUGUUGCUGCUUCUGAUGAUGAUGACGGGUACGAUCAUGGGGAAGUGAGAGCACCACCGCUGUAUAACCAACAUAAGAGCAGAGCAUACGCAAGCGAUGAAAGUGCAUCUCCUUCAAGCCUUGUCAAAGCUGUUGGUGACGAUGACGAGGUUGAAGAUGAAGAUUAUGGUGAGGUCAGACCGAUACCACUGUACAACCCCGACAGCUGUGAUGAGGAAUACUGCGAUUCCAUUUGUCGGCAACAUGCGUGUACUCGAUUCACGUUCUGCCGCGGCGGAAAGUGUACCACGAGGCCUAAGCUGCCCUGCUUAUGCAUCCACCAGAUAAAGACGAAAUGAAGAUGAAAA